CGAGGUUGCAAGGUUCUGGUUGUGUCGUGUGUGUGUGCACUCCUAUAGUUAACCCAAAACGAAAACAAUGGAAUCUUUCUCGUUCUCCACUUCACACUUCUCCAUACCAACCAACACCACCCUUUUCUCCCCCAAACACCACCCUUCCUCCUCCGCCGCCACAACCAUAUCUUUCUCUCUAAAACCGCCACCGGACUCCAACAACUCCGCCGCCCCUGGCAACUUCCGCCGCCCCUCCAACCCCCUCAAAACAACCUCACCCAACAACUCAAACCCUAAAACCCCUUCAAUUUCAAACCCCCUCAAAAACCCCUUCAAUUCCUCCCAAAAUUCCCUCACAAACAAGCUGUGGCUCACUAGCAAACUCUCUCCUCCCCCUCCCCCUCCUCCUGUUCCUCUUCCUCCGCCGCCGCCGCUCGAAGCGGAGCAAGAAAAUGAAACCGCAAACACCGACGAGGAGAACGAAACUGCAAAAACCACCGGAAACUCCGAUAAUUGGACUCAGUUCCGGCAACCGGGGAAAAUCUUCGUCGGGAACCUACCCUUGUGGCUCAAGAAAAACGAGGUUUCAGAGUUCUUUCGGCAAUUCGGGACGAUUAAGAGCGUGAUCCUGAUCAAGGGACACCAUGAAACGGAGAGGAAUGCGGGUUUCGGGUUUGUCAUUUAUGGGGGCGGCGAUGAGAAGGCGGCGGAUAAGUCGGCGAUGAAGGCGGUGGAGUUCGACGGCGUGGAGUUUCACGGGAGAGUGUUGACGGUGAAGUUGGAUGAUGGGAAGAGGUUGAAGGAGAAGUCAAUGGAGAGAGCAAGGUGGUUGGAAGGGAAUGAUGAUAAGGGAGAAUAUCACCGUACCAAGUGGCAUGAAGAGAGGGAUGGCUCUAGGAAGGAGUUCCAGAAGGUUCUGGAGACCGAGCCAGAGAAUUGGCAGGCGGUUGUAACUGCUUUCGACAGAAUUAAGAAGCCUGCUAGAAAAGAAUAUGGUUUGAUGGUUACAUAUUAUGCGCGUCGAGGGGACAUGCAUCAUGCUCGUCAAACAUUUGAGAGUAUGCGGGCGAGAGGAAUAGAGCCAUCUUCACAUGUGUACAGUAGUCUUAUUCAUGCUUAUGCAGUUGGUAGAGACAUGGAAGAAGCUUUACAUUGUGUUAAAAAGAUGAAGGAAGAGGGUAUUGAAAUGAGCAUAGUGACAUACAGUAUAAUUGUGGGGGGAUUCGCUAAAGUGGGUGAUGCUGAUGCUGCAGAUCACUGGUUUAAUGAGGCCAAAGAGAAGCUUCCAUCUUUAAAUGCUGUCAUUUAUGGGAGCAUCAUUUAUGCACACUGUCAAACUUGCAAUAUGGAUCAAGCUGAAGCCUUGGUGAGGGAGAUGGAAGAACAAGGGAUAGAUGCUCCCAUUGACAUAUAUCAUACCAUGAUGGAUGGUUAUACAAUGAUUGGCAAUGAAGAUAAAUGCUUGGUUGUGUUUGAAAGGCUUAAGGAAUGUGGCUUCUCUCCCUCAGUUGUCAGCUAUGGUUGUCUUAUUAAUCUUUACUCCAAGAUAGGAAAAGUUUCUAAAGCAUUGGAGAUUAGCAAAAUGAUGACAAUGGCUGGCAUAAAACAUAACAUGAAGACCUACUCUAUGUUGAUCAAUGGAUUCUUGAAGUUAAAAGAUUGGGCCAAUGUAUUUUACAUAUUUGAAGAGAUUACUAAAGAUGGUUUGAAGCCUGAUGUAGUACUCUACAAUAACAUUGUAAGAGCUUUUUGUUGGAUGGGUAAUAUGGAUCGUGCCAUUUGUAUUGUGAAGCAAAUGCAGAGGGAUAGGCAUAGACCUACAACACGCACAUUUUUGCCCAUUAUACAUGGUUUUUCAAGAGCUGGAGAGGUGAGGAGAGCCCUGGAGAUUUUUGAUAUGAUGAGGAGGAGUGGCUGCAUUCCCACUGUACACACAUAUAAUGCUCUUAUUCUUGGCCUUGUUGAGAAACGUCAGAUGGCAAAGGCCGUAGGAGUAUUGGAUGAAAUGAAUCUGGCAGGCGUUAGCCCAAAUGAACAUACAUAUACAACUCUUAUGCAAGGUUAUGCUGCACUGGGUGAUACUGGAAAGGCCUUUCAGUACUUCACGACAUUGAAGAAUGAGGGCCUGGAGAUUGAUGUAUAUACUUAUGAGGCAUUGUUGAAGGCAUGUUGCAAGUCAGGCAGAAUGCAGAGUGCCCUAGCAGUCACAAAAGAAAUGAGUGCAAGAAAGAUUCCAAGAAACACUUUUGUCUAUAACAUACUCAUUGAUGGUUGGGCUCGGAGAGGUGAUGUUUGGGAGGCUGCAGACCUAAUGCAACAGAUGAGAAAGGAAGAAGUUCAACCUGACAUCCAUACCUACACGUCGUUUAUAAAUGCUUGUUGUAAAGCUGGAGACAUGCAGAAAGCAACAGAGAUUAUCCAAGAAAUGGAAGCAUCUGGUAUAAAACCAAACCUCAAAACCUACACCACUCUAAUACAUGGUUGGGCACGUGCCUCUUUUCCAGAGAAGGCUCUGAGGUGUUUUGAAGAGAUGAAAGUGGCUGGAUUGAAACCAGACAAAGCAGUGUACCAUUGUCUUAUGACAUCUUUGCUUUCAAGAGCCACCUUAUCUCAAUCAUACGUUUAUAGUGGUAUGUUGUCUAUAUGUAAAGAGAUGAUUGAAUCUGAGAUAACCGUUGACAUGGGAACUGCGGUCCACUGGUCAAGAUGUUUACGCAAGAUUGAGAGGACAGGAGGGGAACUAACAGAAACUCUACAAAAGACCUUUCCCCCUGAUUGGACCUCGCAUAAUAAUGUUCUUGAUGCCAAUUGUGAAACAGAAACUGAUAAUAACGAAAAUGAUGAUGAUGAAGUAUAUUAUGCCAAUGGAAUCAGUAACGAUGAGGACACUGAUAAUGAAUAUUAUGGUAAUGGUCAUACAGGUGAUGGUUUUGAAUUAUUGUAAAUGGAACUGGACGGAAAUGCCAUGAUGGCAUGCUAAGUUUUUCGGCAUUAAAUUCUCUAUCUAUUUUUCUUUGAUAAAAGACAUAGGCAAUAGUGAUAUCCAUUGACCUUUCCUAGUUUAAGAGAUCCAAGUGCUUUCAAAUGUUUGGAUCGGCCCUUCAAAUUUCAUCUUGUGUUGUAAAGUCCUUGCAUUGCUUUAAACCAUUUUUAUUUUAUUUUUUGUAAA